AUGGCCCUCGUGCUGUACCUCACAAAUACACCAUCACCCACCUUUCUUGACGCGAGCCUUCCCACGAUGAAGAAGGCGCAGAGUUCCUGGCACAAGGGGGCGGGUGAUGAAGAGACGUGGCAAGGCUGGCAGCAAGGCCACACAAGCAUUGCCAACAGACCCAGCACUGUUAGCUUUCCUAGAACGGCAGGAGCAACAGAUUGCAUUGAUGGCAGCACAGAUAGAUCGGCUGGAACAAGCAGCACCAAGGCUUCAGACGAUGAGGGCAUCGCUAGCACCUUUGAUGAACCCUCCGAUGGCACCGCCGGUGGCACCGGCAUCGCGAGCAUCGUGGGCCCCGGUGGCCCCGGUGGCACGCCAGCAAUAUCAGUGGCAGCCAGCAUGGCAGCCUCCGCCUGGCACUCCUCCAGGCUCACAGCCUCGCGAUGGUUCUCAUAG